AUGGCUCGCGACGUCGAGGUGGGCGCUGCCACCUCCGGUAUGGCACGCGUCGUCGAAGGGGGCCUGUCUCUAGACGACGAAGGGGGUCGUGUCGAUGUGGACUCCAAUUCGACAGGUGAAUCGUCAAACUUCCUCUCAAACCCAAGCUUCGAUACAAGCUGUCUCGAUACAGGAUGGCGUCACAAGAAGCUGAACGCGUCGUGCGAUCCAUGGCCGUACUUAUUCCCGUGGCGCGCGUUGGAACCUGGGGAGACACUCUCAACCGACGCGUUCUUAGCCACCGCCGCAUUUGGCGGCGCAAACCGCGGAGCAUUGCUCGCUCCAGCGGGUGCGACACUGGUGGAAGCCGUGGCCGCGACAGCAGAAGUAACGGCAUCGCCUGCUGACGUGACAAUAGCGGAUGGGGUCACGGGAGUCACGGACACUCUUCUGGCAGCUGACGGGUCCCGUUUUCUACAGCUGACUUCCGCUUUUUCCACGUCGUCUAGUGGCGACGGUGCUUCUGGUAGUAGCAAUGAUAGUCCAAAAAAUAGCAGUAGCGCGUUUGGCAGCCCAGGCGUGACGCAAGCGCUGUGCGAACUCAAACCCGCCGCAUCGCCGACCAGCAACGAGUCACAGCAGGCGCAGCAGCAGCAGCAGCAGCAGCAGCAGCAGUCCCCGCGCCAGCUGUCGCUCUCGUUCUUUGCGCGCGCCAGCCUGUGCACGGAGGGGGAAGGGGGCGCGGAAGGGGAGGCGGGGCGGCUGCUGAGGGUGCUGCUGCUGGCAGUUCCGCUGAACGCCUCCGCCGCCGCCACAGCAGGGGGAGAUGCAGCUGCUGGGGGAGGGGCGGGGGAAGGAGGAGCGGGGGAGCAGGUGUGGGCAGAGUGGCGGGUGGGUGUGCCGUGUGGGGGAAGCAGCGCGAGUUUGUCCGGCGCCUUGCCUUGGUUCCACGUGGGACCCCUCCUCUUCCCCCUCCCUGACCCCCCAGAUUCCUCCUCCUCUUCUUCCUCCGCCUCCUCUCCUUCCUCGCUGGUAGUGCCCCCAGGGGGAGUGACGCUGCACUUGGUGAUUCGAGGUGUGCAAGACAGUAACAGCAGCAGUAACAGCACGAGCGGCACUGCCACCGUUACCACCACCAGUGGUAUUGCCACCGCCACAAGCAGCGUAGCUGCCAGCGGCAGUGAGAGCAGUAGCAUCGGCGCCACCAGCGCCACUGUUGCUGCGAGUAUGGGAGGAGGAGGAGCAGGAGAGGGAGCGGGAGUGAAGGCGGCGGCGGUAAAGCGAGUGGACGUGGCGUCGGAAGCGGGAGGAGGAGCAGGAGCGGGGAGCACGGCUAUCGACCUUGCGUCUGUCAUGCCUACCCGCAGUGAGUCAGAGAGGCAGAAAUGGUUGGCAGGGUCACAGGUGUGUCACAGCCAACCCCUCCCCUCUCAAGUCCUCCUCCCAAUGGCUCUCCAACACCCAAGACUCACUCAUUCCCCCUCCCUUCCCCAUCCCUCCUCUCCCCCCCUGCCGCCCUUCCCCCCCACUCCCCAUCCCUGUCACUGCCCUGCAGCCGACCCCUCCCCACUCAAGUCAUUCUCCCACUGGCCGCUCUCCAGCGCGCACCCGCUCAUCACAGCCGGCUCAGCUCGCCGCAAUUCAUCCUCCCUCUCCCUCACCUCACUCUCCGACUUCAAUUCUGCCUCCCUCGCGCUGCACCCUGCCCCCUUCGCCCUGCUCGCCCCCGCCUCGCCCGCCUCCCCCUGCCGCCCCUUCUCCUUCUCCACCUCCUUCACCUUCCGCAUCUCCUCCCCCAAUGCCGCCGGGCUGGGCGGCGAGGGCUUGGCGUUUGUGAUGCUGCCAACGCCUACGCUCGGCCUGCCGGGGCCCUCCCUGGGCUACGGCCGUGUGCUGCUGCCCCCGGGGAGUACAGCUGGUGCUGAUAAUUCCAGUUCCAGCAGUGGCGUGUCAUCUCAGUCGACUCAAAAGUUGCUCUUCCUCUGCAUGUCUUGCUCUCUUUUGCUGCUGCUUUGCGUUUCUGCUGUUCUCUUUAUCUGCUGCUCCCCUUUGCUGCUCCCCCUCCCAUGCACAGCAGCACAGGACAGGAGCCUCGCGGUGGAGUUCGACACAUCUAAAUCUCUCAAGCACUUCUCCCUCCCCUCCCUCUACCAUCCACAGCAGCACAGGAGCCUGGCAGUGGAGUUUGACACAUCGGCCUCCCUGGAGUUCUGGGACCGCCCCGACCACCACGUGGGGGUGAACCUGCACGGCAGCAUGCUCUCUCUCGCCUCUGCCCCCGUGCACCCCCUCGCCAUUCCCGCCCUCAACGCCGGCCAGACCCUCCUCGCCACCAUCCACUACAAUGCCUCCUCCUCCCACCUCACCUGGCUCGGCGGGAACGAUCCGGAUGCAGUUUCGCCCCCCCCGCCGCUGUUGGUGGGAUUCACAGCGGCCACGGGCAAGGGGGCGGAGCAGGCUCAGGCACAUGAGGUGCUGGGGUGGGAUUUCCAAGUGGGGGAGGAACACAGCGGCCACGGGCAAGGGGGCGGAGCAGGCUCAGGCGCACGAGCAGCGGAGGAUCCGCUUCCGUUUUGGGCAGCAGACUCGUUCUCCUUCCCCUACAUCACGCCAGCCACUCCCCUGCUGACACGUGGCAGCACCAAAAAACGCUUCUUCGCCGCAGAUCUCUCUGUCGCUGCUGACGUGGCAUCAUCCAGUGGCCAAUCGGACGAUCCCGCCCCCGGAGCCAUCUACUUCCCUCGCCACACCGACCCCUGCAAGGGUUCUCCGGUGCUCCCCUGUGGCACGGGUGCAUGCACCAAGGCACGUGCCCCGUGGGACCCGUCUGUCCUCGUGCCCUCCUGCAAGUGCCCCUUGAAUCUCCCCUCCUUCCAACCCUCCCACCUCUCCGGCCUGCCCUCCUGCUUCCCUGGUGAGACGUGGAGUGUGGUAGGCAAGAAGUGGAGUGCGGUAGGCACGAGGUGGGGUGCUGUAGGCAAGAGGUGGAGUGCGGUAGGUGAGAGAUGGAGUGCAGUAGGUGAGAGGUGGAGUGCAGUAGAUGAGAGGUGGAGUGCGGUAGACUCCUUCACGUGUCGCCAGUUCCCCCGCAACCCAUGUGCCCCGGGGGUGUGCAUUGAUGACGUAGACGGCACCUACUCCUGCCUCUGCCCCUCGCCCUUCUUCCCCUUCUAUUUCUACCCCAAAGGCGCUGCCCGCUGUUACCAGUUGCGAUUGGCUGAGACUCGAAUGCCCACCUUUCUGUCGCCAUACGGCCUCACAUGCGCGCUCAUCCUCAACACAUACGGGCUCACCCAAGCAGACUUCUUCGCCCAAAACAAGGUCCGGAGUUGA